AAAAUGGCGGACGAUUUGACUCGAAAACGUGCAGCUAAAACAAACGAAGAAGAAGAAGACGAAGACGACGAUGAUGAUGUUAUAGGACCUAUGCCUGUGGCUUCGCCAAAACCAAAGAAAAAGAAGGUUCUAGAGUUUGAAAAAGUCUACUUGGCCAACUUGCCAAGUGCUGAAUCYUAUGAAAGAAGCUAUAUGCAUCGCGAUGUUAUUACCCAUAUAGCUACUACAAGGUCAGAUUUUUUGAUAACAGCAAGCUGCGAUGGUCACAUAAAAUUUUGGAUCAAACAAGAAGAAGGCAUUGAGUUUGUCAAACAUUUUAAAAGUCAUUUAGGUGUUAUUCAGUGUAUUGCCGUCAGUGCUGAUGGACAGCUCUUAUGCUCAACGGCUGAUGAUAGAUCAAUGAAAGUAUUUGAUGUCAUCAAUUUUGACAUGAUAAAUAUGCUUAAGUUAAACUACAAGCCAGGAAAGUGUGAGUGGGUUUUYCCUAAAGGKGCAGCAAUUGCAGCRGUUGCAUGUGCAGAUGAAGAYACAGGCGUUAUCCAUGUUUACGAUGGAAGAGGAACAAAUACUCCUCUACACAGCCUCAAAUUACACAGUGCUAGUGUGACUGUUAUUAGAUAUAAUCCAGUUUUUGACAUCGCUGUUUCUACAGACAAGGCAGGGAUCAUUGAGUAUUGGACAGGACUUAAAAAAGACUGUACUUUUCCUAAAAAUUUAAAUUUUGAGUUCAAAACUGAUACUGACUUGUACGAAUUCAUUAAGUGCAAAACGUAUCCAGUUUCUUUAGCUAUCUCACCCAAUGGUAAAGUAUUUGCUACAAUGGCUGCAGACAGAAAGAUUAGAGUAUUCAGAUUUUUAACAGGAAAGAAGACUUUAGUUUUUGAUGAAUCAUUACAAGUAUUCACAGAGAUGCAACAGCAAAAACAACAACUGCCAGAUAUGGAGUUUGGACGAAGGGCUGCCACUGAAAGAGAUUUGGAGAAAUCUGAUGCUUUGAAGUACUCAAAUGUUGUGUUUGAUGAAAGUGGGUAUUUUCUUCUCUAUGGUACUAUGUUAGGCAUAAAAGUUAUUAAUCUACAUACUACUCGCUGUGUUAGAAUGAUUGGAAAGUUAGAAAAUGUCCGUGUCUUACAACUAGCUUUGUAUCAAGGGCAACCUCAAAAAUCUAAUGCUGCUCUAACUAUGGAGAUUCAGGCAUCAGACAAUCCAUCAUUAAAGAAGGAGUCUUCAGAUCCUACAGUGUUUUGCACGGGUUAUAAAAAGAAUAGAUUUUAUAUAUUUUCAUCCAGAGAACCAGCAAUAAGUGAGCAGAGUGACCGAGACGUGUUUAAUGAAAAGCCUUCYCGUGAAGAAAUCAUGGCAUCAACUCAGGGCUCAAGUGGACCAGCAAAGCUGCCAACACAAGCCACUAUCCAUACAACCAUGGGAGAUAUCACAGCUGAGCUGUUUCCUAAACUGUGUCCAAAGACAAUYGAAAACUUCUCAACUCAUAGUAAAAAUGGUUACUAUAACAAYCACAUCUUCCAUCGGGUCAUCAAGCAGUUUAUGGUCCAAACAGGCGAUCCUCAAGGGGAUGGCACCGGCGGAGAAUCGAUAUGGGGUGGUGAGUUCGAAGACGAGUUUCAUAGGAGUCUUCGUCACGACAGAGCUUAUACUCUAAGCAUGGCUAAUGCUGGACCAAACACUAAUGGAUCGCAGUUCUUUAUAACUGUCGUACCAACGCCAUGGUUGGACAAUAAGCAUACAGUAUUCGGCCGCGUUAUCAAGGGAAUGGACACUGCUCAACAAAUCAGUUUAGUUAAAACAAACCCAAAGAACGACAAGCCUUAUGAAGACAUUAAGAUUAUCAAUAUAACAUUGAAAGAUUGAUAGCAAUUUGAACUGAAAACAUCGUCUACACCACUUAGACAGCAUAAUAUACAAUGUAACAAUCUUAUGGACAAUUUGGACAAAAUAACAACAUUGUAUGUAAAAAUGAGUAAUAUACUGUGUUUUGGAAAGCAGCAACAAAAACAGCAGCAAAUCUGUAGAAAUUGUAAUAAACUUUUUUAACAAAAUUAAAAUGCGGGAAAUUGUUGAUUAGAGAACGAAUUGAAUUAUGGGUGUACCGUGAAUGAAAAAACGUCAUUAUCACGUGACCUAGUGUCAUUUGGCAAACUCUUAGUAAUUCAUUCAAU